AUGACUGACAAAAAGUUCUUAUCAUUUCUCGCAACAGUGCAGUACGAUGACAUUCAAACAUUGGAAUUCUUGCUUGGCUCCUACGGGCCUGGCAUUAUUGGACAUGAGGGCUUUGGAUUCAACUUGGUUGACGCCACCACACAUUUCGGACGUAUCGAAAUCAUGUAUUACAUCAGUAAUUUACCGCCUUUUGCCUCUCUAGUGAUGGAAGCUGUUGGAAGUGGCAAGUACCAGGGGUGGUUCGCCUCCCAUAUUGCUGUCUCGAAUGCAUACAUCACCAUCGCCGACUUGCUGUUGUCGGGAAAGUGUCCAAUAGUGGACUUAAACGAUAGGUCGGUGUCUCUCAUAGCUUCAGAAUCCAGCCACACAUUUGUCAAAAACUGGACGCUGGCUAUUCUGGAGUCAACUCAACUCCAAAGUGACGUGAAUAUGCUUCUAGAACUGGUUGCAGACAUCUCAGCGCCCUUGGCCUCCUUGAAAGAGCACGUUGCCCAGUCACAAUGCAUGGACAUUCAAUCUUGGAUCAAUCUUGGAUGUAGCACACUGGACGAAAAAGGAAAGUUACCUUUUUCCUUCAGGUCCGUCAUUUUGCAGUGCGUUAGACUGGGGGCAACGGACUUGAGUCUUUGGAUAACUGUGAGGGCCAUUUUGAAGAAAAACAACGGUAUAUUCUUUCACAAGGAAACAAACUCAGAUUCUGUUGUGAUGAUUUCUUGUUUGGACUUUGAAGGUAUUUUGGGCGAUCUCGACCUCGCUCAGUGCGGUCACUCAAGCUGGGCAACGGGCACAGAGGUGCGAGAUCAUCACACAAACCAAAAUCCAUUUGUGGAGCUUUUUGACAAAUCUUCGCAGCGUGGGUUGACUGCAAUGAUUACAAAGAUUGCCAUAAUCCAGGGACUCUAUUCCAAAUGUCUCGAUGAAUUUGAGCGAUUGCUUUUUGCUUCGGCGACCGAGCGAGCACUACGCGAACUCAUCCCUAUACCUGGAGUGCUAAAUGCAAAGCUGCUACAGGAAGGGGCUGAGCCCUAUGACGAUAAGAAUCAUUGUCUUAGUCAAACGGGAAAAGUGAAGCUACAGUGGAAAGCUCGCAUCAACGGAAAGGCGACGAAGCAGCCUCAGAGAAUCAAAAAGUAUUCUUUGUUUCCUAUUGACUUGGAGAGGCUGUAUGCAUUGAUCUCCCUUGACGGUGAUGCAGGGGUGAUAAGGCUUUGUCUCGAACAUCAAUGCAACUUGACUGCUAACAGUGAGAUCAUUAUGACAUAUUUGGCUUCAUGUUUGAAGAGAAAGGAUUUGAUUGAAGUCUUUCUUGGCGAAAUCGGGGCAGUGGCUUUUGAAUCGUCGAUCGAUGACUGCUGGAUUGCUGCAGCAGGUGCAACUGACUGCGGCGAUCUUUUGGAGAUGCAUGACUAUCUUGAUCGAAUACCAAAAAAUGUUCCAGAGGAUUUACUGAAGUCAAAAUACGAGGAACUAGUUGACAAUAGACAUUUCCUGAAAAGGAUGGAUACCUUGGAAUUGGAACCGGAGGCGACAAAAGGUGUCUCAACUGAUAUCCAGGAAAACACAUCCUUGUGUUCGUGCUUUCGCCUCAUCGGGCGAAGAUUGGUUCGGACAAUGUUGGUUGGCAAGGAGUUCGGAAAAUGGUGCAGUUUUUGA